AUGGAUAGGUAAUCCUAAUAAAUACAUCCUUUACCUGCAGUCCAAAACAAGCCAAAACAGAUGAAAUUGUAAACGAGACAAUAAUCUGAAACUUCCAUUCCUCCAAAAAAAUAAGAAAAGAAAAUGUAAAGAUAAAUGAGCAAUUUCGAGAAAGGCAAUUUCUUAUAUUUCUUAUAUGCUUAAAAGAAUGGUUAGGUAGAUCUUUAAAUAAUGUAGAAAAAUGAAAAAGAGUUUGGGGAGUUCCUGAGAAAAACCUAUAACUUUGAGCCUCCUUAAAAGACUGAGGGACCAAGCAAAAAGGGUCUUCUUUACCUUUCGAAAAGAGAAGAGAAUGACGAUUACAUCAAAAAAUUGACAAAUUCGGUAUUGUCACCUGGAAACAAAAGCACUUUAGGAGGAAAGGAGGUUCCUCUGGAUUAAGUGAUAAGUCAAAUGUUCGAGAAACAACUAGAACGAUUCCCUAGAGUGAAGUAGAAGAUUGAAAGAACUCAAUGA